AUGGCACUCGUCUCCGCCUCCUCGUCCUCCACCACCGUCGUCGCGGCGCUCCCCAGGAAUGGGCAGCGGGCGUCGUCCUCCUUCCUCGGCGGCAAGACGCUGCUGAGGCAGGCCACCGAGGCGGCCCGGCCGUCGUUCGCCGUGCGCGCCGCGGCGGACCCCAACAGGCCGAUCUGGUUCCCCGGCAGCACCCCUCCGCCGUGGCUCGACGGCAGCCUUCCCGGCGACUUCGGCUUUGAUCCCUGGGGCCUCGGAUCUGACCCGGAGAGCCUGCGGUGGAACGUGCAGGCGGAGCUGGUGCACUGCCGGUGGGCGAUGCUCGGCGCGGCGGGCAUCUUCAUCCCGGAGUUCUUGACCAAGAUCGGCAUCCUCAACACGCCCUUCUGGUACACCGCCGGCGAGCAGCAGUACUUCACCGACACCACCACCCUCUUCAUCAUCGAGCUCAUCCUCAUCGGCUGGGCCGAGGGCCGCCGCUGGGCUGACAUCAUCAAGCCCGGAAGCGUCAACACCGACCCCAUCUUCCCCAGCAACAAGCUCACCGGCACCGACGUCGGGUACCCUGGUGGCCUGUGGUUUGACCCGCUCGGCUGGGGCAGCGGCUCGCCGGAGAAGAUCAAGGAGCUGCGCACGAAGGAGAUCAAGAACGGACGCCUCGCUAUGCUCGCCGUCAUGGGCGCCUGGUUCCAGGCGGAGUACACCGGCACCGGCCCCAUCGACAACCUCUUCGCCCACCUCGCCGACCCCGGCCACGCCACCAUCUUCCAGGCCUUCACCCCCAAAUGA